AUGGAUAGUAACAAUCAAUCAAUGUCUGAUGCUGAUAAAAUUCGUCUCAAGCGUUUAGCAAAGAUGCAACAACAGGCAUCAUCGACACCAGAAGGAUCAUCAUCGGCCUCUUCGCCAUCCGCAGCAAAGACAAUCGAGCAAAAGCCUAGCAUUGCCAGCAAACCAGUACUUCAAACGCUGGAUGAGAUAGUGCCAUUGAAGAAGCCCAAGAAAACUGCAGUUCCUGAGAAACCAGCUUCGUCACCUAUACAUACACCUAAAACACCUCCUCAACCACAACAGAAAUUACAGCAGCAACAACCUAUUGUAGUCAAACCAGCCAAGAGCUUUGAAGACUGGCAAGACGAUGUUCUUUCUCGCAUCUUGCAAGUAACCUUGAAUCCCGCCAAUAUGUAUAAGCAAGGAAAGUGUGUUUAUUUGGCCGGUUUAGUGGACGAACUCAUUGAGGAAAAAGAGCCUCAACCCAACAAGCUCAAUCAACAGUAUUUGGAUCGCAUUAUCGUGGCUCGACUCUCCAUCGACCCUACUGAACAACACAGUGAACUUCCUCAAGAUAUUUCAAAUACUUUAUACACUUUGCAUUUCGAUUAUUUGUUGACUUGUUGGAAGACAGCAUUUGAGAUUCGUAGAAAUACACUUCUGAGAAGCAAAAACCUGGAGAAAUCUGUGCUGGACCAGCGAUUAGCCGUAUUGGAUAGUGUUAAGGCAUUGAUUGUGUCCUACUCUGGAUUGGUGCUUCAAAUGCCUGACAUGUUUCCUCAGAUCCAAAAUGCUCCUCUUGGUGCCGCAGAACAGCUUGUACCUCGACUCAAAUCGCAGCCUGAUACACCACAAGGAUUGCCCAGUGAAUAUAUCGUUGAAUUGGUCAACCGUUUUAAUCAAGAUGGAUUGGAUAUGAUUCUCGGCCCUGCUUUGGCAGCCAUGUCAGGUGAACUUCGCUUGCAAAACAUCUUGGGAGAUUGCAAGACCGGCAUUCAAUCGGUAUCUUAUUUGUGUGAGAACAAGGCUAUUGCUAUGAUGGUGGCAGAUCUUCCUGAAUUCAAUCCUUCCAAUGCUACAGCUGCAAAUAUUGAGGAAGUCUCGCUUCUUGGUCCUCUCUUUAGAUUAAGCGCCUACCCUGACGCAGCACCAAAAGUCGCUGAAUCUUACUUUCAAAAUUCAGAAAACAGAAACGCUGCUGAUCUCGAGUCAUGCAAAAACGGCCUCCGAGGCAGUGUUCAGAAUAUUCAGAGAUGCAUGUUUGCCACCAGUAAUUCUAUUGUCAGAGCAGAUGCCAGUUCUAGAGACAAGUUACUGCAGUAUUUUGGACACAUUAUCAAGUUGAACGAAAAGAGAGCACAGAUGCAAGUAGACAUUCAGACAGUAUCUUCUGAUGGAUUCAUGCACAAUAUCGCUGCUGUUCUGUUGUCCUUCUGCGAUCCGUUCUUGGACCUGCGUGCCUCCAAGAUUGAUAAGAUUGAUCCUGCCUAUUUUAGCACAAAUAAGCGCCUGGACAUCUCUGAAGAUACAAAGAUCAAUGCCACCAAGGAACAAUCCGAUCAGUACUAUGGCGGAUCAAAGACGUUGAAGAACCACAACUUUAUCACUGAGACGUUCUUCAUGACUCUUGCAUUCAUGCACUAUGGUCCUAUCCGUGCUCUGGUCAAUUUCAAUGAAUUCAUGCGUGAAUACAAUGAGGUCAAAAAGCAGACUGACAAAGCCCAGGCAGAUGCUUUGCGUACAGCCAAUACCCCUCAAGGCGUCAUGAGCGACUUUGUUGCCAAGCGAAUGAAAGCCAAGUUUGAGCAAAUGACGACCUACCGUUUAGCUUAUGAGACCAUGCUCUUGGACCCCGUCUUUUUGACAGAAGCCUUGCGAUUCUAUGAUCUCGUCAUGGCAUGGAUGAUUCGUCUGGUGGACCCCAAGCACAAGCAUCCCUGGGAAAAGGUCAAUUUGCCUUUGCCUGAUACUGUGCCUGUAGAGUUUGCUAUGCUCCCUGAGUGGAUGAUUGAAGACAUUGUCGAGCUGUUCAUCUUUAUCGGUAAAUACGGUUACGAAACGCGAGUCAUGAUGCAAUGCCCUCAUGAUGAGCUUGUUACGUUCAUCAUCACCUUCUUGCGAAGCACCAAAUACGUAAAGAACCCCUACUUGAAGGCUAAAUUGGUCGAGAUCCUGUUCUUCUUUACUUAUCCCAUCGCCAAGGGAGUUCCUGGUGAACUGGAGUCUAUCCUCAACUCGCAUCCUUUGGCAUUACAACACCUGGUUCCCUCCUUGAUGAAUUUCUAUGUCGAGGUCGAGCAAACGGGCGCUAGUUCUCAGUUCUACGACAAGUUUAAUAUUCGCUACAAUAUCAGUCAUAUCAUGAAGACCAUCUGGAGCCAUCCUGCACAUCGCGCCAAAUUGAGAGAAGAAAGCCAAAACUCCAAUAUAUUCACUCGCUUUGUAAACAUGCUGAUGAGUGAUGUGACCUAUCUCAUGGAUGAAAGUCUGAGCAAGUUGACUGAGAUCCAUCAAAUUCAAUUAGAAAUGAAAGACCAAGCAGCCUGGGAGGCACAAACACCUCAACAUCGUCAAGAACGUGAAGGUAGUCUCCCCUCUUUGGAAAGACAAGCUCAAUCCUACGUUGCACUCGGCAAUGAAACUGUGCACAUGCUCAAAUACAUGACAGCUGAAGUCAUUGAGCCCUUCUUGGUGAAUGAAAUUGUGGAUCGAUUAGCUGCCAUGUUGGAUUACAAUCUCGUGCAACUGGUGGGACCCAAAUGCACUGAACUCAAGGUAGCCAAUCCAGAGAAAUACCACUUCCAGCCUCGCAAAUUACUAUCCGAGAUCAUGGAUGUUUAUUUGAACUUGAACUCGCCUACUUUUGUGGAAGCUGUUGCUCGUGAUGGCAGAUCUUACCGUAAGGAAUACUUUUCAAAGGCUGCCUCCAUCUUGCAAAAGCAUGGUCUCAAGUCAACGGAUGAUAUUCGUGCGCUUGAAAAGUUUGUCAAUCAAGUUGAAUUGGCUAUUCAAAGCGGCGUGGAGGAAGAGGAAGAGUUGGGCGAGGUGCCAGAUGAAUUCUUAGAUCCCAUUUUCUUUACCCUGAUGGAGGAUCCCGUCUUGCUACCUACAUCCCAAGUCAUUGUCGAUCGUGGUACUAUCCGUGCUCAUUUGUUGGGUGAUACUCGUGAUCCCUUCAAUCGUAUGCCGUUAUCCAUGGACAUGGUUGAGCCUGCAACGGAAUUGAAGGCCAAGAUUGCUGAAUGGAAGGCAGAGCAAAAGAAGAAAAAGACAGAUGCCAUGGAUACAAGCCUCUAA